GCCGGCCCCGCGGGGCGGUCGCGGCCGUGACGGCGGCUCCCGGCCCCGGCUCCCUUUCCUCACCCCUCCCGCCGGAGAUGAGGGGAAGAUGUCCGUGUCAGGGCUCAAGGCCGAGCUGAAGUUCCUGGCGUCCAUCUUCGACAAGAACCACGAGCGAUUCCGCAUCGUCAGCUGGAAGCUGGACGAGCUGCACUGCCAGUUCCUGGUACCGCCGCCGCCGCCGCCGCCGCCACCGGGCAGCCCGCAUUCGCCGCCGCCGCCGCCGCUCACACUCCACUGCAACAUCACGGAAUCCUACCCAUCUUCCUCACCAAUAUGGUUUGUGGACUCUGAUGACCCAAAUCUGACAUCAGUUCUGGAACGCCUAGAAGAUACUAAGAGCAACAAUUCGCUUCGUCAGCAGUUGAAGUGGUUGAUAUGUGAACUCUGCAGAUUAUAUAACCUUCCUAAGCACCUGGAUGUUGAGAUGCUAGAUCAACCACUACCCACGGGUCAGAAUGGGACAACUGAGGAAGUGACUUCAGAAGAGGAGGAAGAGGAGGAGAUGGCUGAAGAUAUAGAAGACUUAGAUCAUUAUGAGAUGAAGGAAGAAGAGCCUAUUAAUGGGAAAAAGUCAGAGGACGAAGGGAUUGAAAAAGAAAAUUUGGCAAUAUUGGAGAAAAUCAGGAAGACUCAAAGGCAAGACCAUUUAAAUGGUGCAGUGUCUGGGUCGGUGCAAGCAUCAGACAGACUCAUGAAGGAGCUCAGGGAUGUCUACAGAUCACAGAGCUACAAGGCAGGGAUUUACUCAGUGGAACUAAUAAAUGACAGCUUAUACGACUGGCAUGUCAAACUACACAAGGUUGACUCUGAUAGUCCUCUGCACAGUGAUCUUCAGAUCUUGAAAGAAAAAGAAGGCAUAGAAUAUAUUUUGCUUAGCUUCUCUUUUAAGGAUAAUUUUCCAUUUGAUCCUCCAUUUGUUCGAGUGGUGUUGCCUGUUCUCUCAGGAGGGUACGUGCUGGGUGGAGGAGCACUCUGUAUGGAGCUUCUCACAAAACAGGGCUGGAGCAGUGCCUAUUCAAUAGAAUCCGUCAUCAUGCAAAUCAACGCCACCUUGGUGAAAGGCAAAGCCCGAGUACAGUUUGGAGCGAAUAAGAAUCAGUAUAAUCUAGCACGAGCCCAACAAUCCUAUAAUUCCAUUGUACAGAUACAUGAAAAAAAUGGCUGGUACACACCUCCAAAGGAAGAUGGUUAACUACAUUGACAUGUGUCUGGACCAAUGUUGCUUUAAGGAAAACCGUUCCAACGUGCAGACAUAAGCUUUUGAGUGCCCGUAUAACAGCAGUACCGAAGACAUUAGCUAAUAGAUCAUUUAGUGGAUAAUCUGUCAACUGACAUCCAGUUACAGCCUUUUCAUUUUGCUCACUUUAGGUAUCUUGGACUGAGCAGUGGGGCCUUUACUGUAUUUUUCCUGAUAAGUACACACAAUAGCCACUCCUUUCCACCUCUUCCUUGAGAAGUGAAAUCUCUAAGCAGGGAAGUCAGCAUCAGUUUACUGCAGCUGUGACUUUACAUUGAGCCUAUGGGGUAUGAAGAUUUUUGAAAUCCUGUUCAUUUAGAGCUAAUAAAAGUUUAACUGAUGGUCAAUACUGGUUUAGAAAUUUUAGGUCUUCUAAACCAUAACCCUUUCAGGUCUGAAAUCAUUAUAUUGCCAAAAUUAUGACAGGAAGCCUCUUCGUUAAAUUGUUAUGCUUUUUCAUGGUUGUGUGAAGGUUUGAACUAUUCUGGAAGUAUGAUCUUAGUUGUAUCAUAUUAGGUAAAGCAAGCGAAGCAGCCACGUGUGAGCAGUAGUGUCCACUGGGGCAGCAGAGUCCUAUUGGGCUGAACCUGCCCCCUCUUGGGUCAACAUUUCUUUUGAGGAAGAGCCACAGUGUAGAGCCUGAAGUUCUAAACUAUGAGGCCAUUUUACCUUUCAUUUAUUAACGGGGUGUUGCAAUUGUUGAUAAACUAAUAAACUUAUGAAGUGAUUGGCACUAAAA